AUGCGGCGGCGCGACGGCAGCAACACGUUCGUCGGCCUCGAGACGUUCAUCACGACGGGCGCUCAGGUCCGGUACGCGUGCCCCAAGUCCCACUGGCUGCGCAAGGCGCCGACGUGCAGCGGCUGCGACCAGCGCUUCCACCUCUUCCGGUGGCGCCACAACUGCCGCGUCUGCGGCGACAUGAUCUGCGGCGAGUGCAGCUGGACCGUGUACCUCGUCAACGCAAAGUCCAACGUCGGCCGCGCCUGCUACGCCUGCUCGCGCGCCUCGUCUGUCGUCGAGGCGCCGCGCAAGAGCAGCAAGGUCGCCAUGCCGAUCGUGAAGCGCCCAACGUGCCCCAGCUUCCUCGACUCGCUACGCGCGACCGAGUGGAUGGACAGCGAGAGACCACUGGGCAGCUACCGCGGCAAGUCGAGCGCGUGCACCAUGUGCAAGAAGAGCUUUGUCGGCGGCGACGCCGUCGUGUCGCUGCCGUGCCAUGACGUGUUUCACAAGCACUGCAUCGGCGCACACUUGGCGCUCCAUGACCACUUCUUUACGUUCAAAGCGCCGUACGUGCCACUGCCGCCAUGA